UGACAGGGCUCCCGGCUCAGUCCCGGCCUAGCAUGGCCUGGGCACCGUCCGACGUCGGCUCUGGCAAGGAUGGCCCCCUCGGGCCCCGCCGGCGCCCCGUCGAGCCCGGUGGAGCCACUGUCGCGUAGCAUCUUCAGGAAGUUCUUGCUGAUGCUCUGCUCACUACUCACUUCCCUCUACGUCUUCUACUGCCUGGCCGAGCGCUGCCAGCCUGGGUCUGGCCCUGUCGCGGGGGUCCCGGGGCGCGGCGUCCCUGCAGGACCCAGGGAACUAGCGGCGUGGCCCGCGGGGGCGCAAAGGAAGCGCCUCCUGCAGCUGCGGCAGCGGCGGAGGCGCGGGCGGCCCGGGCUAGGCGACAGCGGCGACCAGGACGAGCAGAGCCCCGGGCUGGCCGCGGCUCCAGGCGGCUCCGGGGCGGGAAGCAGCGUGGCGGAGGCCCAGUCAGGGACCCUGACCUUACUGCUGGAUGAGGGUAGCAAGCAGCUGCCGCAGGCCAUCAUCAUUGGCGUGAAAAAGGGCGGCACACGGGCACUGCUGGAGUUCCUGCGUGUGCACCCCGACGUGCGCGCCGUGGGUGCGGAGCCCCACUUCUUCGACCGCAGCUACCACAAGGGUCUCGCCUGGUACCGGGACCUGAUGCCCAGAUCCCUGGAGGGACAGAUCACCAUGGAGAAGACGCCCAGCUACUUCGUGACCAGGGAGGCACCCGCACGCAUCUCAGCCAUGUCCAAGGACACCAAGCUCAUCGUGGUGGUGCGCGACCCUGUGACCAGGGCCAUCUCGGACUACACUCAAACGUUGUCAAAGCGGCCGGAUAUUCCUAGCUUCGAGAGCCUGACGUUCCGCAACCGCAGCGCGGGCCUCAUAGACACGUCGUGGAGCGCCAUCCAGAUUGGCCUGUAUGCCAAGCACCUGGAGCCCUGGCUGCGCCAUUUCCCUCUCAGCCAGAUGCUCUUUGUGAGCGGGGAGCGGCUGGUCAGCGACCCAGCAGGUGAGCUGCGCCGCGUGCAGGAUUUCCUGGGCCUCAAGCGCAUCAUCACUGACAAGCACUUCUACUUUAAUCAGACCAAGGGCUUCCCGUGCCUCAAGAAGGCGGAGGGCAGCGGCAAGCCACACUGCCUGGGCAAGACCAAGGGGCGCGCGCACCCCGCCAUUGCGCGCGAGGUGCUGAGGCAGCUGCGUGACUUUUACAGGCCCUUCAACCUCAAGUUUUACCAGAUGACUGGCCGCGACUUUGGCUGGGACGGAUAGCAGAUAUAAUUUAAAAAGAAAAAAAAUAUAAAAAUAUAAUAUAUUUUUGUACCAGUCGCUAGAGAAAAGACAGUUUAAUAUUUGUGUAUAAGUAUACGUUGCAGUAUUUUUUUUUUCUCCUGUCCCCGAUGGAUAAUAACCAGCACCAAACAUGCGCAUCGCAGGAAAGGAGAUUUCGUGUAUCUAAGCAACUCACAUCUUCAGUUUGUUUAUGUUCUGAGCACUCGUUUAUAAAGGAUAAGCACCAAUACUAAACUGUUCUAAGAAAAUCCCCAUGGUAACCCUCUCUUUUGUUAAGUACAGAAACCUGAUAGAAUUGGGACCCGGCCUUUGAUUUUUCUAUCUUUCUCCUGUGCCACUUUUCUCACAAGUCACUUCCCAGUUAAUGACACUUUGGGUAUGCACAGGGCAGCUUUCGCUUGUAGUUAUGAUCCUUACACAACUGCGGCAAGCCUGUUGUGCGU